UUGUUUACAAUAUUUUCUUGGAUAGUGUUGUCAUAUAGGUGAUCGUGGCAGUUUUGUUUGUAAAUUUAAGACUAAACUAAAUAAUAUUUUUGAAUUGCGCUGUACCCUACUAAUGUGAGUUAUGACAACGGUUUCAUUUUGAGCCCCACAAUGGACUGCAUUUCACGGUCUCAUCAGCAGCUGGGACAGCAGGCAACAAAAACAAACGCUCAUUGUCUUCUGUGUUUUGAGAAAACCGGAUUAGCCCGGGAAUCACUGAUUGCUGUUCGUGGGGAAGAAGGCAUUCGCCGAAACGUCGAAGCCCUCAUUCGAAAAUAUUUCGAAGAAGAAAAUCUUGAAACAGACGGAUAUAUUUGCUGCAAUUGUUGUCAGCAGUUAGGAAGUUUCCACCAAUUUUAUCUCAGAAUCAAAGAAAUCCAGUGGAAUCGUAAAAUGAAGACGGUGUCGGGAAGGAACAGUCCCAGUACUUUAGCAGAAGGUUUUGAAAUGGAAAUGUCUAUUAAAGAGGAAAAGGCAGAUGAUAAUUAUAGUUUCGACCAUUCUGCGGAAGUAGAUGGUCUGAACAAUUUUUUGGAUGAGCAGUUUGGAUCCCAACCAGACCAGAAUGGAAAUGGAAGCGCACAGAAUAAACUGUUAGACUCUAUUGUAAACGUAUUCCAGGCCAGCUCAUUGGGCAAUAGCCACUCGAGUGGACCUAAUACCAAUCAUCCGUAUCCAAAACGGAUAAAAAGAAAUUUUCCAGAACAAUGGCAACCUCAUAACCCCGAUUCUCGAUUGUUAAGCAAUACUACUCAUUCCGAAUUAGAUCUAUUGGAUGGGGAUUUCUGUGAGUACGAUAAACCACCAGAUGAACGGAUUCAUCAGCCGCUGACAUCUAGUUCUGUGGAGCUGGAUGAGAUGGAGCGUCUUCGUAAAGAGAAUGAAUGGCUCAAACGUCGAAACCAUUUGUUACUUACAAGACUGCGAGACGUCCACGUGCGAAACAAUGAUCUUCUCCAAAUCAACCGAGAAUUGACAACAAAAUUGCGAUCAUAUGACCCAAAUGCAUUGGCCAAACCUAUUCCUACGCAUGAUAAUUCCAAAUUGUUCUCCUCCGCCGUAACACAAGUCAACCCAAAACCACUCCCAAUAAGUCCAUCUUUGACAUCUUGUUCGUUGCCGACUAUGCCGUUGGCAGCCCCACAAGAAACCGAUUCGAACAAGUAUAUAUCGUUGAGCGGAGCCUACUCAUUGGAUAACGGUGACGUUGUGGUAAUGGAUUCGGUUAUACCGUGUCGAACUAUGCUGGACAUUGAUGCGAUUGAACCGGGUGAAAAGUUUGACCUAAAAUUCGUAAGCAAAUUAGCGGUAGCACUCUGGGGACACGAAAGGUUAUCGGUAAGCAGUGUAACGGGUCGAAAAUCUAAUAACGCUGGGCACAAUACACCACCAAGCAUUCAGCUGGAACCGGAAAAAUUAAGCUUUAUCAAAGAGAAAGUCUACAACAGAGCCAUCAUGGAAACAAAUGAUCGAGUACAGGCUAUGGCACGGUUUGACGACUCACGCAUCAAUCGACUGUUGAACAUCAAAAUUCAAAAUGCGAAAAGGAAGAAAACACUUAAUUUUCCACCGGCGUGACUGGAGUAGCUAUUUCGGUGCUUUCUAGACCUUAGAUCAGAUUCAGUUUAUUGUAUUUGAAAGAUUUCAUUGAAAUCGUAACCGAAUAUGAGUAAACAGCAUCUAUGAGAA